AUGGAGGCGGAGCGGAGAGAGGCGGACACGGCGGCAGCGACACACAUGCGCUGAGCUGGCAGCGGCCAGGCCGGCUGGGCGAGCGAGCUUAGCUAGCGGGUGCGCCACGGCUCUGCUGCUCCAGCUCAUCCCGAGCCGCCAGCUCCUCACACCGAUCGGCGAGCAAUGCGCCGCCGCUCUUCGCUGCCCCUUCCCUUCACAUUUGACGUCUGCGAUGUCCAACUGGCGCUUUGCAUUUUAUGCGCGAAGAAAAACGCGGGCAACUAAAUAGAAAAAAGUGAGCGACGGGCGACGUCUCCAGCACAGCGCAGCACAGCCAGCCACCGGAGCGGCAGACGAGAAGGAGCGGCGCGCGCGCGCGCCUCAGUUUGUUUUCCCAUCUCAGAGGACGAGCUUCGAGGGGCCAAUUCCCUGUCGCCACCUUAAGACGCAGCGCGGAGAAAAAAGGGAAGAAGUGCGAAUGUGAAGGAAGCAAAAUAAAGAAAAGUUGGCGACGAGGAGUGCGGGAGGAGCGGUGGAGGUCUGUUAAUAGGACGAUCGUGCCUUACGGCAGUGAGAAGAGAAACCAUGUAGGAUCUGUUGUAUCUUUCUGGACCUGUCUCAAAAAAGCUGGACUUCGUGGGUACAGUCCCAAGCAUUUCAAAGCACUGCUUUGUGCCACAGAGAUGCUAUCCCUAGAUGAGCCACUGGACUUGAAACUGACUUUAUCGAAGGUGAAGGAGACCAGAGAAAGGACCAUUAGGGAGCCCAGCACAGGAAAUGACAUCACUAGAUCGUGCAGACUAAAGAGAACUGAAGAUGAUGUUGCAGUGACUAUUCCAUCCCUUUCUGCAACCUCAGAUGCAGGUUUCCCACUGUUACCUGGCCCCUUGUCCCAGUCAAAGGCAGACUCCCGCCAUCAGUCAUCUGCUGUCAUGGAACUUAGGCUUUCUCCAACAUCAAAUCUAGAAAUGUCACCAGGACCAGCACUGUCUCCCUCCGAACUGCCAGAUGGGGAUGGGUCGUCAUCCAGCUUUUCAAUGGAUUCUCAUCCAGCAAGAUUUAUUGAAGGAGGAACCAGCUCACAAGCCUUCCAGUUUUUCUUGCCUGUUGGAUCAGGGGCAGGACUUCAGUUGCCAUCUUCUAUGUUCAUUGGUUCUCCUAAAGAGAAACGCAUUUCACCAGAACUGUGUAUAGAUGAACAACUUGCCUGCCGUUGGGUAAAGUGCAACUUGCUUUUUGAUUCGCUGCAAGAUUUAGUUGAUCAUGUGAAUGAUUUCCAUGUAAAGCCAGAAAAGGAUUCUGGAUACUGCUGCCACUGGGAGGGAUGUGCCCGCAGGGGUCGUGGUUUCAAUGCCAGGUACAAGAUGUUGAUCCAUAUUCGGACUCACACUAAUGAGAAACCACACCGCUGUCCUGUCUGCAACAAAAGCUUUUCUCGUCUGGAGAAUCUGAAGAUACACAAUCGUUCCCAUACAGGUGAAAAGCCAUAUAUCUGUCCAUAUGAGGGCUGCAACAAGCGUUACUCCAACUCCAGUGAUCGCUUUAAACACACCCGUACCCAUUACAUCGACAAACCUUACUACUGCAAGAUGGCAGGCUGUCUGAAGCGCUACACUGACCCCAGCUCGCUGCGCAAGCACAUCAAGGCACAUGGACACUUUGUGUCCCACGAUCAGCAAGCAUCCCUUUUGAAAGGAAACCGACAUUUGAACAAAGGGGCAGCGGAUAUUCCAUACAUGAGUGGGGCACAUAUUGUCAUUCCAGGAACAGCAGCACCACUGUUCCGCAGCCAUGCCCUGCAGGGACUUGGUACCGCACUGCCACUUCCACUGAGCUCUGCACACCCUCUUGACCUUAGUGCAUUGGCUUGUGCUGGACUUGGGUCACCUUCAUUGAGUACCCUAUCCAGUCCAAUACUUUCUCUUAUUGGUACUCCCAUUGGCUUGACAAAAACGUCCAUGCUUUCACCAAGUUUUUCAUCGGGUGGCUUAGGUCUGCCUAUGGUUUCUGUGCUAGCUGGUUCAUCAGAUAAACUUGGGUUAGCCAAGGAUCUCUCUGUAAAAUCUCUAAGUCAUUCCAAACAGGCUGGACCUAAAUCUUUUGGUAGGCUGCGGUCUGAUUCUGAUGGCCUUGCUGAUGCCCAAGGAGCUGUAUUAAAUCUUUCCACUGGGCCUGGUUCACUUGGCAGACCUGAUAGUCUUGCCCAGGGAUGGGUUGUCAUUCCACCUGGGACAGUAGUACUUAAACCAGCAGUUGUAACUUAAUUUGACAUUCCUGAGACCUGAAUGUUAGAAAGGUGGGUAUAAGUGGUCUUAAAAGUGAAAGGUUGUUUUAUG